AUGCUCCACACAACCCGCCUAUGGUUGGGUGGUUACAUGAUGUACCACCGCAAGGCGAUGGGAACUAUGAAGUACAGUAAGUGGAAGGGUGCUCACGGUGGUAUCAGUCACUUCUACGGGCGCACGCCGAUGGUUGAGGAAGUGCGGCCCAAUGAGCCAAUAACGCUGGUGGAUCGACGUAUCAUGCAUUACGUGCACCACUCACGGCUGCGUCACUUUCAGUUGUUCCGCUCAUAUCAGGAAAAAUCGAACUCAACGGAGUGCAAACUACGCGAGGGGGAGAUGCUCCGGCGCCGCUGGCACCGGAGAUUGCAAAAGUCGUUUAUUGCAUUCAUGCAGUUCAAGACAAUGAAGGUCCUGGAGGAUCAAGCGCGUCUGGUGAACACGUAUGGGCAGGCAGCAGUGAAUGCGGCACUUGGGGAUCCUUGGAAUGCAACAGAUAAUGUGGCCCGGGAGCGGAAGUCUGCGGCGGUCCGCCGGCAGGUGCGUGCACUCCCAAUGGUUAAUGUCGUACCAAAGCACGUUGCGACGAUGAAGCAGAUUCAUAACGAUCGUUUCAACUAUCGGUGGAGGGUGAAUUAA